CAAAAAAAAAAACCCAACACUUUGAGUUAUUCAUCCGCCGUUGCAAGAAGGAGCACGAUCAAUCGACCAAGGCACUUUGAGUCUGUCCUUCCUAUAACAUAUACAACCCCCACCACAGAUCUAGCUGCGCCGACUCCGCGGGAUGCCUCCACGGCGGCGGAGACUGUAUGCGGCGACUGCGGCCACUCCACCUUCCCCUCCCCCUUCCCCCGCCCGAGCCCAGGAGGCCUGCGCAGAGUUGGUGAGACUGAUUUCACCACUCCCGCGGGCGAUACUCAUGGCGACGGGGGAUCCGGGGUGGGUGGAAUGGGCUGCAAGGAUUCGCGCCGCCACAGCGGCGUGGAUUUGUUGGAUCUAGGAGUUGAAAGCAGCGGAUCAGGCGGUGGCGGCGGCAAGAGAUCCAGAUACGAGAGCAGCGGCAACAAGGUAUGCAGAUGCUUGCCGUUUGAGAGCAGAAGGGGAACAGAGAAACCUAGCGAGGCGAGUCUACGACGAGGCGACGGCGGCGGAGAGGCUGAGUAUGCCUCCCUCCCACACUCCACGUCGAUGGCGUACGUGCAAUGGGCGAGGGCGGAGGCAAAAUCAGAAGAUCCCCGCAGAUCGAUGAGAUGGGAUGGCCUGCUGGGGGUGGUGCCAUCCGGUGCACCGCUGCGAGACAUCUCAACCUGGCCGCCGGCGUCGAUUCGGGAUUGAGCUCGACUCGUGCUCAUCCUGAAUUGGAAGGCGAUGGUUGCGAGGUUCACCUUCAGAGCGCAGAGGAGGAGAUCGAAUUUGUUCGGAGGCGAGAUUUGAAGAGAACAAGGCCAACAAUGACUGCGAAUUCUGGUGAGCUGAAUGAAAUUUGGAGAAGGGAAGAGAUCAAGGCCAGACAGAGGUCCAGAGAGAAAGAGAUUUUAGAGGGUGAAUAUAACACUGGGUAUUUCAAAGCAGUGGCGAAUCAGAAGAGGAGGAAGAAGCAAAUUGAUAUGCUAGAAACCCCUUCAGGUCCCAUGGAGGACACCCAAGGCUAUUUGGAGGAGAACAACAUCAAAUAUGUCUACAUGGGGGUGCCUCUCCUCAGGAGGUGCCAGAGGCAAACUGGAGUGGGUUGUGGAAAAGCUGGAGACAAAAGCGAGAAGCCCUCCUCUGUUGCUAUGGCCAGAUCCUGGCUGAGGCGGGGAUACUCCUUUUAGAUCUGUUCCUUUUGGCUUAUGAGCCUGUAGCUUCUCUAUGUGUAAUGGUGCUCUAGCACUACUGAAUUCUUACUUUUGUUAGUGUCUAGCUGCUAAGCUUUGCGUUGCCAUAUUUGUGACGCUCUACUGCGGCAGCGUGCCUACUGGCCGUCGUGAGCUCUCGUGAUGUAACAUACUUUGGUUCUGUUGUUUCGUUUCUAUGAAAUGGAACAGGGGCGCAGCCCUUUCUUUCUAAAAAAACAUAUACAACUUCAUAUUACCAGACAUGUGCUUCGGUAAAUCAAAAAAUUCUUGCUCUGUCGUACAUUAAUUGAUCAUUCUAUAUGAACAUGGGAAAUGAGUGGUCAUGACCUUCGCAGUGAAUCAGGUGCCUCCCUCAACAACCGGGGCAUUGCCUGACACAUCUAUUGGAGCCGUUCCCAUACUUUCCGUACC